AUGGCUUCAACAGAAUCUCGCGAGGAUGGGCUUACCAAUCCGAUCCCGAAUGAAGAGGAGCCUCUUUUAGGGUCUACCGGCAGUGUUACGCAGAAGGAUACUACACCAAUUUAUUACAAUUUUCUUACUGGAACUGCUGUAGUCGCGCAAGCCGGUAUCUGGGUGUUAUUCGCCGUCAUCUGGUCGGCCAUCUUUUCUCAUGACUUGAUCUUUUUUUCUGCGCAUCCGCUGCUCAAUUCCACCGCUCUCCUGCUCCAAGUACAAGGCAUUCUCGUCCUACAGCCUACAUCAACACCUCGCCAGAAAACGCUAGGCGCACAUAUCCAUUUCGCCUUACUAUUCCUCAGCCUUGCAGCAUUUAUCUCGGCCUUUGUAGUCAUUGAAAUCAACAAAGAUCCCGAACACCGACUAACAUCCAUACACGGAAUCCUGGGCUUCAUCACCUACAUUCUAAUCAUAAUCCAGGCUCUAGUCGGAAUUGCUCAAUUCUGGAUUCCGCGAUGGGUUUUUGGAAGUAUCGAGAAGGGCAAGAACGUGUAUAGAUAUCACCGGAUUUUUGGGUAUGUCUUGCUGGUGCUGGAGUUUGCGGCCGUGGCGGCGGCGACGCAGACUACGUAUAAUAUCUCUGUGCUGAAUAUUGCGCUGUGGGCUGUGUUGGUUACGUCUGUCAUCACUUUGUUGGGUGUUGGUGCGCGAGUCAAGAUAAGCAAACGAUGUCGCAAUGCUGAAUUGUCCCGUCCACCCACCGCACCCAAACCAGUCCCCGAUGUGAAGCUGAUUCGAGAACACGCCGACCUGUUUGCGCGCAAUUGCGUAGAUCGCAACUAUGCCGCCUACCAAGACUAUCCACAUCGUAUCAAGGAACUAUACGCAGAGACAAAAACACUUGAAGAAGCCCUGCUGAAUCCGCGACGGAAAAUAAAGGAAUUGGAAAAGGAGAUUGGCCGGGUUGCUUCAAGCCGAGUAUCUUCGCAAGAACUCAACGGGGAAGGGAAGCAGCAGGCAUUAGCAGCGUUGCGGCAGGAGGCACAAAGGCUAAAGAAGGGCUCCCAAGAGACGUUACUUCGAAAAGAGUCACUGGAAAAUGAGAUUCAGAAACUCGCUCUUUCGUUACCGAACCUUACCUCCCGCGAGGCCCCCGUUGGCGAUGAUCCGAGAGUAGUCGGAUAUAUCAAUUACAAUCCCGAAAACUCAUCCACCUGGCUCGAGCAGAAACAACCAUAUCGGUCGCAUGUGGAGAUUGGGACUACGCUUGAAUUACUCGAUUUUACGAGCUCGGCCACAUCGACAGGUUGGGGGUGGUAUUUUCUUACUAACGAGGGAGCUCUUUUAGAACAAGCGUUGAUUCAGUAUUCAAUGGAUGUCGCACUAAAACGAGGAUGGAAAGCCGUCGCACCUCCCUCUAUUGUUUAUUCUUAUAUCCAAGAAGCAUGCGGAUACCAACCACGAGAUCAGAAUAAUGAACAGCAAAUCUGGCACAUUGAGCAAAGCGAAAAAGACAAAGCCAAGCCCCAGCGAUCGCUUGCUGGAACAGCCGAGAUUCCUCUGGCUGCUAUGUAUGCCGGACGAGACAUUGACGAGUCACUCUUACCUCUAAAAUUCGUCGGAACAAGUCGAUGCUACCGCGCUGAGGCCGGUGCGCGCGGCGUCGAUACCAAGGGGCUGUAUCGGGUUCACGAGUUUACAAAAGUAGAACUAUUUGGAUGGUCGAAUAAUCCUCGAUCCGACGAGUCUGAUCCCCUAUUCGUGAAUUGUGUCCCUCUCAAUGACUUGUUUGAUGAACUCUUGCAGAUUCAGGUUGAGAUUCUGACCGCUCUGAAUUUACCAUGUCGGAUAUUAGAAAUGCCCACCAAUGACCUGGGGGCUAGUGCGACGAGGAAACGUGAUAUAGAAGCAUUAUUCCCUUCGCGUCUACGUGCAAUUGAAUCAUCUGGAUCCGCGGAAAACAAAGGAUACGACCUCGAGACAGGAUGGGGAGAAGUCACAUCCGCCUCGAUAUGCACAGACUACCAAAGCCGGCGAUUAGGAACGAGGAUCCGUAACAACCAAGAUCAAAAGUCUCGCUAUCCAUUGACCGUCAACGGAACAGCCGUUGCAGUUCCUCGAGUACUGGCGGCUAUACUUGAGAAUGGUUGGGAUGAGGAGAGACAGGUUGUUGUGAUUCCGGAGAGUUUGAGGCAGUGGAUGGGAGGGAUGGAGACGAUUGGGAGGAAAUAAAAGCAAUCCAUAUGUCUCCAUCAGUUAUCUUACGAUGUACAUUAUUGCAUAGCGAGCGGGUGGUCGAGACUCAACUCUAAUUCGAUGUCACCAUAUCAGUAGAAAAUGAUCAAUCUGGCCGUCUCGGUACCUCAUAACUUACAGAACGUCGCCUACGACAGAAAGAUAAACACUUUUCCGAAGGCAUAGAGAUAUCGGCGAUUUCCGAUGGAGCAUAGCCGAUGUCGGGAAAGCGGUCGUUCUAUCAGAUUGAGGCUGGAGUUGAUACACCUGAUGAAAAUAUAAGACCUUAGCAAUUUCGACC